CAGACCAGAGCCGGGUCCCGCGUCUGCUGCCUGCCUCCGGGCUGAGAGAAACGCGACCAAUGGCGCAAACCCGGGAGCGGGACGAGGCCUCCCACCAAGGCAGCGGCGGGGCCCUGUCCGUGAGAUGGGUGCAAGGAUUUCCUAAGCAGAAUGUUCAUUUUGUCAAUGACAACACCAUUUGCUACCCUUCUGGAAAUUACAUAAUAUUUAUUAACCUUGAAACCAAGAAAAGGAGUCUACUCUCAUGUGCUAAUGGAACUGUGGGCGUUAUGGCAACUAAUAUUCCUUAUGAAAUGGUGGCUUUUUCUGACCGAAGAUUAAAACCCCUUAUCCACAUAUACAGCUUUCCUGGAUUGACAAGAAAAAACAAAUUAAAAGGCAACAUUCUUCUGGACUACACUUUGCUUUCAUUCAGUUAUUGUGGUACCUACCUGGCUAGUUACUCUUCUCUCCCAGAAUUUGAACUGGCCCUCUGGAACUGGGAAUUAAAUGUCAUCUUGUGCAAGAAAUCACAGCAUGGUAUGGACGUGAACCAGAUGUCUUUUAACCCCAUGAACUGGCACCAGCUGUGCUUAUCAAGUUCAAGUUCAGUGAGCGUGUGGACGAUUGAAAGAAGCAACCAGGAGCAUUAUUUCAAACAAAAGUCAGUAAAAUUACCUCUAGAAGAUGGGACAUUUUUUAAUGAAACAGAUAUACUAUUCCCCAGUUCGUUGCCCAAGGACCCCAUCUACGGGCCUGUGCUGCCUCUGGCUGCCAUUGCUGGCCUAGUAGGUGAAGAGGCAGAAACAUUCAGACCAAAAGAUGAUGUAUAUCCUUUGCUUCACCCCACCAUGCAUUGCUGGACUCCAACGAGUGACUUGUAUGUGGGCUGUGAGGAGGGUCAUCUUCUGCUCGUUAACACAGAGACCUUGAAGGUGACCGUGCUGCAGAAGAAGGAAGACGAGACACUGUUGGAUGGAACAAAUCUUAUCAGUCCAAUCACCUUGGUAUAUCAGAAGGAUGGCCUUCUUGCUUCUGGAAUUGAUGGUGUGUUGUACUCUUUCAUUGUCAAAGAUUCAAAAUACAGCGUAACGAAUUGUCUUUCCACGAAGGAACCUGUGGCACAUUUGGUAUUUUCUCCCAAUUAUAAAACAUUGCUGAUUCAAACAGAAAAGGGAUCUAUUUAUAGCUACACUUUUGGAGAGGAGCCAGUAUUAAAUAAUAUCCUAGAUGCUUGUGAUGGGAAUUUUCAGGCAAUUGACUUAAUCACUCCCGGAAACAAAUUCUUCAUGACAGUCACACAUUCUGGAGAAGUUUCUGUUUGGUCCAUAGAGGAUUGUACUUGUAUAAGCAAGACUUAUCUCAAAACCACAACAACAACUCUGGCUUGCUCUCCCUCCUCCCUCUCGGCUGCCGUGGGGAGCAUGGAUGGCUGUGUGUACUUCCUGGACAUCCAGGAGGAAGACUGCCCGGAAGUGGUUCACAAGACCUUCCUCUCGGAGUCGCCCGUGCGCCACCUCAUUUUUGACCAGCUAGGACUGUUUCUGUUCGUUGGAACAUCAGAAGGAAAACUCUUUGUUAUCAAUGCCAAGCCCUCAAGCUUAUUUAAGAUUCUUGGAUUCACAGAGUCAGGUAAAGAAAUCCUACAGAUAUCCACAGUGUCUACUUUGGAAACAGACUCAGUGGAAGUGAUGGUGCUCUCUCCGCUCCCAGAAACAGGAAGCAGCAGGCUGGAAAUAUUUACCCUACCUAAAAUGUUGUCACAAGUUUCUACAACCUUUGCUGAUGAAAGGGGGAGGCUGCGAGAUGAACUGCUUCAUAAGUUCCUGUAUGAGACGGAGCACAUGCUAUCUUCUGCAGUCCUUGGCUUUCAAAACAACCGAAUAUAUGGCUUCUGUAGUCAAGUUCCAUACAUUUGUAGCUAUCUUAUUCCUGAACACCUGGAACAUAUUGGCGUAUGUGUUCUUAGGCCCUUCCUAAAAGUGCAAAGCAAACAAUACGGACCGGGAAGGCUAUUUCUAUCUUUACACGGAUUGUGGCUCAUGUCGGUAGCUAAAUGUGGAAUUCUCUGCAUCCGAGAUGCUCUUACAUUGGAAACAUUUGCCCGGUAUCGAAGUCAUUCUCACCAGGGACACGGAAUUCAGUCCUUGAUACUUUCCAUGGAUGGACAGCACAUUCUGGUGAUUGGAAAAGAUGACAACACCCUUGUCUACCUAAAAUGGAGGCGGCUUGGAGGAAGUUUAGCCAAUGAAAUGACUUCAUAUUGCCGGAAUAUAGUAACUUUCAUGAUCAGCACCAUGGAGGAGGAGAAUAAUUAUUUAACUACACACCAUGGUUCCAUAGAUUUGGGAAACAACCCUGAACACACACCAAGUACUGAAUCAUUACAAGAGGACUUGCAAAUCCCUGAAGAAAAUCACCAGGAGGAACUUUCAUGGAUCCAACAAAAAAGCCAAGAGGCAAUCAAAAAUGAGAUUAAACUGUUUUCUCAGAAAAGAAAAGCGAUAAAGAUGGGAAUCAAGGAGCUCGCUAAAAUAAUUAUGAGUAUGAUGGAAGAAAAUGAAGAAGUAGAUCCUAUUGCAAAAUUAGAUGAAGAGGAAUUUGCCUUAGAUCUUGAAGAACUGGAAAGGCUUCAAGACCAAAGUGAAGAGGAGGUGGCAAAGAUAAAGAAAGAUGCUGAGUUGCAUAACCUCGCCAAGAGCUAUUUGACUGAGCUUCUCAAAGAAGAGUGCUGGAACUCCAUGUCUGUGAAAGGGCGAGCGCUGAAGAGCUUUCACAUCCCCUGCACAGUUGAGAACUUCCCGAUGAAAGAACGCACAGCUGAGGAGAUGGAAGAACUGAAGACAGUUUCACAGCAAAGGAAGAUUGAAAUAGAGUGCCUUAAAAUACGGAACGAAAUUGUAGAGGCUCAGUCUGCAGCCACAGCAGUUAAAAAGCCUCAGGAAGAGGAUGAUGAAGAAGAGGAAGAAGAAAAUAAGAUUAAAAAAGACACCAACUUGCCCAAUUACUUGCUUGGCAGUUUGAGUACUGAUUUUGGGGUGGAUACCUCUUUGUUGUCAAGCCAAUUGGAACUUCAUUCCAGAGAGGAGAAAAUCAACCAAAUAGUAUUGUUAAAAGAUGUUAUUUACAAAGUAAAAACUGCUUUCAAUAAUGAAUUCAAUGCUGCAUAUAAACAAAAAGAGUUUGAAAUUGCACGUGUGAAAGAAAGAAAUGUUAGAAUCAAAGAAAUUAUUUUGGAUCUGGAGUUGGAAGAAAUAGUUUGGCAACCAGAAUUUGAAGACUGUGAGAAGCCAGAAAGAGCCCUUGUUGUGGAAGAUCAUGAGGUUGAAGUCCAAAAAUAUAUUAAGCCCUGGAAAAAAGCCAAACUGGAAGCGGUCCUGCCCCAUGAAAUAAAUCAAUGGGUUCAUGCACAGGGCUCCAAUGACAGACACAGAGGCCUGAUGGACAUGAUGGGAGGUGUUCUCGAAGUCAAGAAGGAAGACAUUUUGCGAAUGGUGAUCCCAGAGCCUCCUUUCAUGUUAAAACCUGAUGCCUUGUGGACCGAAGACGAAAAGAAACAAUUCAAAGAGUAUGAGAAAAAAGUCAAGGAGUUAAAUGAAGAAAGAGAUAAGUACAGAAAGUCCUUAGAAGCAGAACUGAAGAAAUUGCAAAGCUCUAUUCAAGAAAGCACGCAGAGCUUUGAUGACCAUUUGAAAAGACUCUUUGAACGAAGGAUAAAAGCAGAGAUGGUUGUCAACCAGGAGGAAUUGAAAAUAAAUAACUUGGUGUUUUCUUUACUAUUGGAUGAAGAAUUAAGCUUCAGAGAAAAAUUCUUGAAUAACUACCGUGCUAAGAAGCAGGAAGAGAAAUGCCAGACGACAGAUGCCAUCCGGAAAGCUAGAGAGGACCUGGAUAUGUACAAGGAGAACUAUGACAAUCUAGUGGCAGAAGACAAGGUCCUGGAUCGCAGCUUUAAGAAAGAAUUCUCCGAAAUUCCCAGUAGUCAAGUGGAAAUACUCUACAAACUUUUUAAACGCCGGCCAAGGGUUCACAAACAUAAAAUGCAUCCAGAUUCGGCCAAUGUUACCCCUUUUGGAGAGAGACCAGAAUCUGGCAAGUUGAAUAAGGAUGCCUUUGCCCAGCUAAUGAAAGGCAUGGAUGACUUGGACAACAUUGCUAAUAUGCCGGAAGGCUUGGACCCCUCCACCUGGGAACAUUUCUGUGCAACCAGAAGAAUAAAAGUCGAAAAUGAGUUCAAAGUGAAGCAGAAGGCAAUUGGUUUAACAGAAAUGGGAACUUUCCUCCGGAAGAGAAUCGAGGAUGAUGAAAAUGUGCAACAUGAGAUUGAGAGAGUAUUACACGAGCUCAUUCUAUUACAGGAGGACAAAGUGAAAUUCCAGUUGGACUUGACAAUCCAAAUUCUUCUUAAACAAGGACAAGUUGAACUGGAGAAUUUCCAGUUAAUUCUGGAGUAUUCAGAUGCAAUUCUCAUAAAUAAGAGCAUAAUUGAAGAAUUGAAUUCUGUGAUUCGGACUCAAGGACAGAAGAAAGUUGGUAGCAUGAUGGAAAGUAAAGAGGUACACAAAGGGAUUUAUCAGAUUGAAUGGGAGCAUAAGAAAAUGGAGAUGGAAAUGGAAGAUCUAAGUCAGAAGGCUUGGGAUAUUCAGAUGCUGUUUUUUUCAAGAGAUCGUCAAAAGUUCCUAAAUGAACCAAACUAUGAGAGUCUGAUUGCUCUUCAGAUUGGAAUAAUGGAGCAAACAAUUCAGGUUAUAGAUAAGACCCACAAAAAGAAUGUUGAACACUGCAAAAAGCUACUCAGAAAACUGGGAAAAGUCAGCAAUCAAAAAGAUGCAGCCAAUUAUAAUCUAAGCUGCAAUCUACAGAACGAGCUGGUAGCUGUCUCUGAGAGAAAAGACAUAUGUAACUCAAUGGGGACUAUGCUGACUUGUGAAAAGAUUGCCAAAGAACAAUAUGAAAGCAUGAUCCAACAACAGAAGCUGACAAGCAUUUCCAAACAGCAAGCUGAACAGAUUUCAAUACUGCAGGCAGAAGUUGAAAGACUAAGGAUGAGAACAUUUCCUGCUCUUGUUCAAUUGUAAAAACCCUGCAGGAAACACAAGGCCAAAACAAUCCAUUGGAAAAAUCCUUUGGGUUAAAAUGGUUUCUUUUUUGUUUGUUUGUAUCAGGAAAUCUAGGUAGUCAUCUCUUUAAUUGCAGGUUUUUAAUAGCAAAUCAUUAAAUUUUAGCCUUAAUCAACAGACUUUUGUCCUGCAGUGUAA